AUGGCAGAGGCAGUAGCAUCCAUCCUCACCAUCAUCGCCCUCGCCAAGCCCGUGUCCAUCCUGUCCAAGACCAUCUAUGAAAUAGCCCGCGGAUCAAAAAUCGUCAGGGCGGAUAUGCGAUCCGCGCGACGGCAGCUGAACCUCUUUGUCAACCUAGUCAGGCAUGCCGCCAAGAGCCUUCAGAGGUACAUUGAGGACGGCUCCGCGCCGGCAUCGGCGCGCUGGCUGGCGCAGUACCACGUGCUCGGGGACCUGGCGUCGGAGACCAAGCAUCUGGAGCAAGGCGUGUACCGGCAGCGCGAGAAGAUGCAGCGGCUGCGGAGCUGGACGUGGGACUUUUGGCGGAGCCUACGGUGGAUCCUAAUGCAGCCGGAAUUCGUCAAGUUGCAGCGAAACUUACAGAUGUUUACGGCGCUGCUGAGCUUGGCGUUGACUACUUGUAUGUUUGAGGAAGCUACAGCACAUGAGGGUGCCGCAGACACCGCCGACCUCGCAGGGCUCGCCCUGGUCCUCGGGGAGUGGGGGCCCGGGGACGUUCAGCGGGCGGUGUGCCACCUCGCGACGAGCAUGGUGGAGACAGGGGCGGUGCCGACGACGCAUCCGAAGACGUUUAUCUUCCGAGCGCGCCCGAGGGUGCGGCGCUCGAGCAAUACCGCGUCCGAGGCCGGCUCUGCCGUCACCGGCAACCGAAAACAGUCUGAAGCCGUCACGAGGGGAAACACGCCAAAGGCCGCCACCAGCGGAGACGGGCCGGGCCGCCAGCCUUUCUCCAUCGCCACCGGGGCCGCCAUCGCCACCAACACCGCACACCGUUCGAGGGGAACCGACGGAGGACGGCGUGCUUACGGAGGUGAGCAUCUCCUGCAGGAACCGCGAGCCGCGCCAGUUAUCAAGGCUUCAGGGCACGCCCACGUCUAA